GCAUUGAUCUGCCGUGUUGGCGAAUGCGCACUGCGAGGAACCGCGCCGCUCCGGCCGCGGAGAUUUUCAGCGUGUCACCCCGUAUAAAACCGUGACCGGGGUCACGGCGCGAUACCAACAGGUGAUGCUGAGAAAGGAGGAGGACACUCCCUCGAGCAGUAUCUCGUCGAGCGUCUCUCCCCCGGGUACCGCCGAUCGCGACGAUGGUGAUUUAGUAUCGUUCUCUCGAGCCUAUCAUUUAUCCUACACCCUACGGAUUUUGCUGACUACCGCCAGGAUCCGUUUACAAGGGCUGCGAAGGAUAAACGCGCAAGGAUCAGCCUAGUCCUCUUUGGCGCGCGCCAGUGGAAUAAGGGAGGAGAAUCGAGCGAAAACCCCGGUGUCUCGGUGAGAUAAACGACGGGAAAAGUUUCGAUCGGUCGAUGAUUUAGUGGAUAGACCGCUUAAUAGUGUUCCCCGUGAUUCUUCCCGCGCGUACGUUCUACUCGCGCGAGCAUCCGAGUCGGGAUGUAGAAUUAGGCAGUUGACAUGAGCGCGGAAUCGACUCGCGACGUACGAUGAUCGAGUGUUCUCUUCAAUGCGCUGGAUUUUGACAAGAAUUUGGGGUCGUAUGUUUCUGAGGCACAAGAAUCUGGAAAACGUGAGGGAUGCCACAAGGAAGCAUUCAAUGGCAGGGGACGCAGAGAAGAGCCUGCGGGCCUGGGGCUAAUUGGAACGUACAGGUGGUGAGAGGCAAGGUGACAACGCGGUGCUUGUGGCACGCCUGCAAAGCUCUCGGAAUUGGGCUACUGCUAAUGCUUUUAGGAGCUUGCAUGGCGACUAUAGGAUAUUAUGCAGAUCAGCUGUCGGUGGCACAGGAGAUCAGAGGUAACAUCACGGUAAAAGUGAAGAAUGAAUCACGCGGAUUUCAUCUGAAUAAUCUGAGCUACGCUGGCCCUGUCGUAAUGGGUCUGGGAGGCUUCAUCGUAGUAGCUGCUUGUGUGAUGACCUUUGAAGCACGUGACAGUGCAGCUAAGGUGGUACCAGCUCGCUAUCGCUUUAACCAAACAUCAACGCUAAAAAAAAGCCAACGUAAUAGAAGAUCGACAUCGAGUCAGACAACAAAAUGGGACCAUCAAUUGGGCCUCUUUAGAGUAAAUCGCAGCCCGAGUCCCAGCACGCAUGAAGUCUCCAGGAAACAACUAACAGCAGAAUUUAUGCAAUUUUCGAAAGAUUUACGAGAGAAAGGUGUAGCGCAUUCCAUAAAGAAAAGCCCGAGUGCGCCAACAUUAGUCGACAAAAAGUCACCACGUCGAAGAUCGCCUAAAUACGCGGGUUGCUCGCUAUUGAAUCCAGAAUUGCUGCAAAGACACGCUCUUUCGGUCGACAAUCCGAGCUACAGUCCGCAUCAGAUUAGCAGAGAAAGUCUGGAACAUCAAAAGAGUGGAAGUCAAGUCUCAAUGGCAAUGGAUUUGCAUAUUCCGAACAAAGGUCCUGUUACGCUCAAAGUGAAGGAUCGAUCCGAUACAGCAAGACGACAUCAACUACUUCGUCAAACAAAAGUGGAAGAUGUCGAAGAAGUUGAUGAAGCUACGCGACCACCAUCGACCCUCGUGCAUUCGCCUAAAUUGCCAGGUGCCUACAGAUAUCCAGAUGACUUUGUGCCAAGAAAAAGAAAUUCGAUAGACUUGAGAUUAUUGGAAGAAUUAACGGCAGUAUCAAGAGAACUUAGUAAGGCCUCACCCCGAGACUUUCGAAAAGUCUCGUCACCAAAUUUCCGUAAAAUGUCUUUCGAUAGAAUCGGUGGUGACCGUCGUUUCGAUCGAACUUCGCUAGGACAUCGUAAGGCUAGUCUCGAGUUUAGAAAAAGUCCUGAUUUUCGCAGAGGAGAUUACAGGAAACUCUCAGCAGAAAGAUUCAGUAUCGAUUGUACCCGCUAUGUACCCGACGAGACGGAAAUGAAGUCACGAACGAGCAGCGGAGAGAUAUUGCGAAGACAAUCGCGUCAUCCUAAACUGCAUCAUUCUAGAUCGGAUGACAAUAGAAGGCAAUCCUUCGAUAAGCAUUCGAAGGAUUCUCAGUCAAGUCGACACUCAUUAAACACUCAAGCCGUUGUGGAAGGUUCCGACUGCGAACCCAAGUAUUUUACGACAGUGUCCCUCGAUACUGAAGAAAGCCGUGCCGACAAUUCUGAGGAGAGUCACGUAGUAGACAUCGAGGAAGUUAAUUUAUCCCCCGAUGGACCUACGGAAGCUGACAUGUUGCUCGAAGAACCGGAAUUAGAAAACGACACGGAGAUCGAUAUGGAAAGUUCGGUAGAUGAUGACGAAAAGUCUCACGGAUCGCACAAAUCGACAAGCGAGAGAACCGAUACGAUAUUACAAAAUCCGAUAAUUAUUGCCGAGGACGUAGACUCGCAAAUAAUAAUUGACGAGGAAACGACGCAGAUCGAUAAUGAGAAAUGUGAGACAACUUUAUAUAUAGAAGACGAUGAAGUGUGAAGAAUAAACAAAAAAUCCUCUUGAGGAUAAUAGCGGAUUUAAAUUGUGGAAAAUAAUGAUAACAUUUGCAAAGCAAAAAUAUUGAUGUUGCGUGCAACAUUUGCAGACAAUGUUUGUUCGCAAAAUUGAGAAGAUUAUUAUAAAGAUUUAGCGAUAAAUCGUUGAUCGAUCGCGAUUAUCUUUGAAUGCGACUAUGCUCAACAACUUAAGAUUUAAACACUUAAAAAUUUUAACACGGCAUAAAUACUAACAUCACGUACGAAUUGCGUUUUGUAACGAGACAAUCAUUUUUUUAUCGGCAUCUCGCAUUACCUUUCGCAUAAAGGUAACAAGCGUGUAAUAUUGAUGACAAAUAAUUGUUACCAACAAAUUUUAACGCGUAGCAUGUAGAUGGUAUAAUAGACCUAACAUAUAUAUAUAUAUAUAUAAAAAGUAAGAUUUGUUGAAGUAUAAACGUGAUUAAUCAUACCGGAGAGAUUUUUGUACUUGUAACGAGAAAAAAUACAACUUGUACUUGUAAAUAUUUCAAACUAACUUGUUCGAGCGAAUUGAUGUGUCAAAUCUGAUAAUGUAUAAUCAGAAAAACAUAGAUGACAGGAAGCAUGAUUCAAAAUGAAUCUUAAACAAUGGGAAAUAGUGUUCUUAAAAUGCAGAAAAUCCCAGAUACUUAUUCUCAGCUCUAAAUACGAGUUUGUGAAGUUUACAUGACAUUUUACGAAUUUCAAAAAAAUACUAAGAGUUCUAAUAACACUUUUCAUAAUUCUACAGUUCCCGAUAAAAAUUUAAAACAAUUCCGCAUUCCUUAUAUUAAAAAAUUGAAAAGAUGUACUACGCAAAUCUCUUAUAGAACUUAUAGAACUUUUGAAAACUAUUAUUAGAAUUACGUAAAGGGAAAGUGUCCUCCUCGAUUCGCGAAGUUAACGCGAUAUUAUUUCAAUUUCGAUUUUUAAUAUAAGAAAUAUGGAACUCUUUUCAA